AUGCCUUAUGCCUACGCUACAGGAGAGACUCGUGCCUGGACUACGCGCGAUGAGCGCGAACUGAAGGCGGAGCACAAGCGUGCCACUCGUGCUACCCUAAAGCACCUCGAAGAACUAAAGUCCAAGGCCGCAGCCAAGGCUGAGAAGGAGCGUCCCUCUGGUACAGUAGAUAAGUCGUUUAUGGACAGGUUGUUCCGCCGCCGCAAUACUGGCGAGCCGCAGAGCCGUGCACCAAGCCAUGAGGCGGACAGUGCCGGCUCGCCUGAUGCAAAGCGUCCCUUCCCUCUGAAGCCUGGAAAAUCACAGGAGCCUCAAAUGAACUCUCUUUGCGGGCGCGUUCGUCGUAAGAGUGAGAAGGAGUCCGCUUCUUGUCGCCGUGCACGCGAGAGGGCGCUCCACCAUUUGGAGAACAACCAUGACAUCCGUCGGUUCGCGGUGCUCGACAGGCCCAACGCUCCCCCCUUACAACUCCAGCCCGGCACUUGGAUCCCGGGCCAAAUAAAUGUUGUUGACUUUGGUAGAGAAGUGAUUGCUGCCGACAGGCGCGUUGACCUUGAUAGCGAUCAAUCCGAUGGUCCGACCACGCCAGAGUUAAUCAACCGGUUCCCCAAGGCACCACGGUCUCUUCCUCUGGCUAAACGCCCGCCGUUGAUGCCUUUACCGAACCCUACUACUAUAGCUCCAGUUUAUAGGCAACUUCCGCCGACUCGUCCUCUGAAUAUCGUCCCCCGACGCCAGUAUCAACAUAUUCGUGACAUCCCCAUUCCUCCGAUCCCCACUCAACAGGACCAAUCGAACCGUGACUCGUUUUUCGAACUCCGCCGACAACGUUCAUACGGUGCUUAG